AUGGAUGGUGAUAAGAAUACAAAAUUUUUUCACAACUCUUUGAAGGAGAGAAAUAGGCGUAAAGCGAUAACUUCUUUGGAAGUCUCUAAUGGGCGUUUAGAGGGAGUUGAUAAUAUUAAGGAGGAGGUAAAAAGACAUUUUUUUGAGUUAUAUAAGGAGGAGGAUAGGGAGAGACCGAUUCCGGAGGGUCUUGUUUUCAAUGCCAUUGAGGAGGAUGAUGUGUCUUGGUUGGAGAGAAGGUUUUCAGAAGAAGAAAUUAAAGAGGCGGUUUGGUCGUGUGAUGGGAAUAAAAGUCCCGACCCUGAUGGAUUUACUUUAGAAUUCUUUAAAAGAAAUUGGGAGGUAUUAAAGGAGGAUGUUUUCUUAUUUGUUAAGGACUUUUAUGAGAAGGCAAAACUCACUAAAGCUUGUACUUCUUCUUUUGUUACGCUUGUGCCUAAAGUCAAUAAUCCUCAAACUUUGAAUGAAUUUCGACCUAUUUGUUUGGUGGGUAGUUUUUACAAGAUUUUGGCAAAGUUGUUAGCAAAUAGGCUAAAGAGGGUUAUCGGAAAACUUGUUUCAAAUAACCAAUCGGCUUUCAUAGGAGGAAAAAACAUAGCGGAUGGUGUCCUUGUUGUGAAUGAGGUGUUGGAUUUAGCUAAAAGAGAUAAGAGGAGUUGCGUGGUAUUGAAAGUCGAUUUUGAGAAGGCCUACGAUAGAGUGAGUUGGAAUUUUGUUAGAUAUAUUUUUAAGAGGAUGGGGUUUGGAGUUCGGUGGAUGAGGUGGAUGGAGUGUUGCAUUUUUACUAACUCUUUGUCCGUUCUUGUAAAUGGAAGUGCGACCAAAGAUUUUAGAGUGGAGAAAGGUCUUAGGCAAGUUUUGGCCGAAGGAGAUACCGCGAAUUUAUGGAGUUUGAAAGCUAUUCUAAGAGGUUUUGAAAUGAUGUCGGGGUUAAGGAUUAAUUUUCACAAGAGUAAUCUUUAUGGGAUUAAUGUGGGAGCUUGGUAUUUAGAAGCGGCUUCGUCCUUUUUAUCUUGCAAAGUGGGAUCUCUACCUUUCAAAUUUCCUGGAGUAAGAGUGGGAGAAAGUCCUAGGAGAGUUGAUAGUAACAAGACUAUUCAUUGGGUUGGUUGGGAUAUGGUUUGUAAAUCGAGAAAGGAAGGAGGAUUGGGUGUGAAAAAUGUGGAGAUAAUGAAUGUAGCGUUGCUAAGUAAAUGGAAGUGGCGUAUUCUAACAGAUAAGGAGGCGGUGUGGCAAGAUUUGUUAAAAGCUAGAUAUGGUAAUCCGAAGCUAAAAGUGUUGAUAGGGGAUAUCUCGAUUUUGAACAAAAAGGAUUCUCAUUGGUGGAGAGAUUUAAUUAUGUCGGAUAAUUACGAGAGGCUUCUUUUUGACCAUUUAACGAGUGCAAUAAAGUAUAAAAUUGGGGUUUUUGUUGAAGGAGUGUGGCAUUGGAUCUUCUCAAGUUGGUUCGGUGAGGGGUCUGUUGCUGCUAAUGCGGCUGAGGCAAUUCAAUACUUUGGCUGGCAGCACCAUGGGACUGUUCCUGCUGCAAAUACCAGCGUUGCGGCUGAGGCAUUUCAUUCUUUUGGCCGGCAGCACCGUGGGUCUGCUUCUGUUGCAGCUGAUAAUGCUACGGCUGGGCCUAACAGUAGAACUGGUGCUGUCCUUGCUUCCGGGCAGCAGCUCGCGGACAUUUUGCAGCAAUUGUUGGAAGCUCUUGGUCGUGUUCCGGUUAGGGAGCAUUGUGAGGAUAGCUUCUCGUGGGCCUUGACUACUAAUGGAUGCUUCUCCGUUAAGUUUUUCUAUGAUCUUUUUAUGGCCUCUCUUUCCGAUCCUCCUUUGGAUAGCAAGAAGGUUUUGGCUUUAAUCUAUCUUUGGAAGUGCAAAGUUCCCUCGAAAAAUCUAGUUUUUGGUUGGAGAUUUAUCCACAAUCGUAUAGCCACUGGGGAUCAACUGGUGAGAAGGGGCAUUUUGGCGGAAGGAAUGGAUUCUUUAUGUGCUUUAUGCUUGUAG